AAAGAAGCUCACGAUCAAUCUUGUUCGGCUCUUCCUCCUUUGUUCUCGCCACGCACUUCUUGUCUUCUCCCUCACAGUACAUCUCUCUCUCUCUGUCUGAAACACUCUUCUUCAUCGAUCCCCGCGAUCAUCUUUCCCCCUGCAAUUCAAUUCGAUUCAGUCUCAGAAGCAAAGAAGAAGAAGAAAAAAAAAAUGAACGAGUGUGUUGUUGUUGCUUCUCCUUCUCUCAAUGGUUCCAACAAAGUGGGAGUGUCACCACCACCACAACAACCUCAAGGGAAAGGAAGAAAGAACAAGAGAAAGUUAGCUGACCCUUCUCAACCCAUCAUCACUGAUGCUGCUUCCUUGACUGAGUUCCCUCCAUACGAGUUACACUCCUUGAAAUUUCAAAACCCUUUGUCUGAAAAUUCACAAGACUCUGAAUCCUUAGGAUGGGACGAUCCAUUUGCCUGCUACCUCGAAGAGCUCUUAUCGUCUAACCUGAUGGCUCUCUUCCGUAACGCCAUGGAUCAGGUCGUGGCUUGCGGGUACAGAGAGGACGUUGUGCUCAAAGCUAUCUCGGGGAGUAGGCUCUACUGCGGAGGGAACGAUCUCGUCUCCAACAUUGUUAAUGAUACUUUGAGUUUCUUGAAGAGUGGGAAGAAAGUCUCUGGUUUGAGAGACUAUGUGUUUGAGGAUUUGCAGCAGCUUGUUGCGUACACGUUGGUGGAGAAGAUAAGUCUUGUUAAAGAAGUUAGGCCGUCGGUUUCGACGGUCGAAGCCAUGUGGAGGCUGUUGAUGUGUGACCUGAAUGUUUUCCAAGCGUUUGAGAUGGAAGGAGAUGGCUUGGAAGGUGUUGCUGAGUGCAAUCCUACAAAGUUAGCCAGUGACUCCUCAGAUAACAACAACAAGACCAAUCAGAGUGAGCCUGUCAAAUUUGGGAACUUCCCAAAUGUAACCAACUACAAGAACUCUCAUGAUUCUUCUUCCGGUGAAGUCACUAAAAGAAAAACUUCUGUUGUUGCUUCUGGUGAAAAAUUAGUAUCUGGUAGAAAAGGCCGGACCAAGAAAGAAGUGGCCAUGAUGCGGCAAAAAUCAUGUGUGGAUAAGAUUAGGACUUAUAGCAAAGGGAGUGGCUAUAAGACUGCAAAGUAUGCGUCAGUAGGCGGUUUUCUUGUGGAGAAAAGAGGCAAAUCACCUUCUGAUUUGGGAUCAAAGAUAACAUCAUCUGAGGGUCACAACAAUACGAAGUCUGAUCUGCCUUUGAUAGAUGGGAAAGGAUAUGUUACCGCACUACCUGCUAUCAAUGCUCCACCAGCACCAUUGGCUUCAGAGAAGAAGUCUGGAGAAAAGGGAGCAGCAGAUUACUACACUGGGAUCCCUUAUGAUGCAUCUCUGGGGAUAUUUGUUCCCCGGAAUAAAAGAGAUGAAUUGGUUUUAAAGCUAGCUCCCAGGGUGAAAGAUCUGCAGAGUGAGCUUCAGGUUUGGACUGACUGGGCUAAUCAGAAAGUAAAGCAGGCAACUAGCAGACUUCUCAAGGAUCAACCGGAGCUUAAGGCACUAAGGAAAGAGAAAGAAGAAGCAGAAGAGUUUAGAAAAGAGAAGCAGUUGCUGGAAGAGAGCAAUAUGAAGAGGCGGUCUGAAAUGGAGUUUGCGUUGAAUAACAUGACUAGACAGCUGGAGAAAGCGAACAACACAGUUCGAAGGCUCGAGCUGGAACAAUCUCUGUUGAAGAAAGAGAGGGAAGUUGCUAACAUAAGAGCUGCUGAGGCUGCUGCGAGCUGUAUAGAAGCCAAGGAGAGAGUGCAAAAGACGUUGAAGAGUACUCAGUCAUGGGAAGGGCAAAAGGCUUUGCUGCAGGAAGAGCUCAAGAGUCAAAGGGACAAAGUGGCAGAGCUGCAGCAGGAAGUUGCCAAGGCCAAAAUUCGCCAAAACCAAAUUGAGGCUACUUGGAAACAAGAAAUGGCAGCAAAGGAGAAACUUGUUGCUCAAGCGACUGCACUACAGGAAGAGAGAGUGAAACUGGAAGAACUUGGAAAAGCAGAAGAAGAGAGGAUCAAAACAAAAGCAGAGAACGACGUCAGAUACUACACUGAGAACAUCAAGAGACUCGAGAGCGAGAUCUCAAAGCUGAAACUCAAAUCAGAUUGUCUGAAGAUAGCUGCGUUGAAGAAAGGCAUUGAUGGAAGCAAUGAAGGUAGCAAGAACGGAACGACUCGUACCAACACCACCACAAAGGCAAGCCUGAUAUGGGAGAAUAGUAAUGGGACAGAGGCGAAGAUCAAAAGGGAGAGGGAAUGUGUGAUGUGUUUGUCUGAAGAGAUGAGUGUGAUAUUCUUGCCUUGUGCUCAUCAGGUUCUUUGCUCUAAAUGCAACCAGCUUCAUGAGAAGGAAGCCAUGGAGGAUUGUCCGUCUUGUCGGGCCAAGAUCCAGAGGAGAAUCCAGGCUCGUUUUGCUCGCGGGUAAAGCUUUUUAUCCGCUAACGUUUUCGAAUCACUAUGGCAAUGAAGGUUUUGCUUUGGUUUUUAUCUCUUCGAACUGCUCUUAUUACAUCAGUUACACCUAAAUUAUACACAUCUUGUAAAGGGUGACUUUACGUUUGCUCAUUUUUCAUAUAUCCAUCAAUAAUAAAUGGAAGAGGCUCUGCCGACUUUCUUUACAUUUACAA